CUGGUGAAAGCCAGGCCGUAUCAAUCUUGAAAUGGCGUCAACAACAACAUCAACAAUACCAGCUACCGAAGUUUUCCCUAGCGUUACCAUGCCCAUCACGGUAGUCUUAACCUGCGUUCUUCUCUUGGUCCUUGUCUGCGGAUUCAUCUCUCUCUUCUUCUGGAAAUGUUUUCUGCACCGGUUGUUCUCAGCUUGGACCCGUCAGAGAACGCCCUACGGUGACCUAAUCCACGUCACCACUCCCCCUGAACAGACAGGCCUCGACCCAUUCAUCAUCAAGUCGUUUCCCGUCUUCCUCUAUUCGUCAGCAACAGUGAAAAACCAAUGUACGGAGUGUGCUAUCUGCUUGUCAGAGUUUUCGGAUGAAGACACCGUUAGGUUAAUAACGGUUUGUCGUCACGGGUUUCAUUCAGUUUGCAUUGAUCUUUGGUUUGAGUCACACAAGACUUGUCCUGUUUGCCGGUGUGAGCUAGACCCGGGUCUGGUCGGAUCUGGAAGCCAUGAGUCUUUGCACAACACAGUCACGAUUACUAUUCAAGACCUGAACCAUGACCAAGAGAAUCCUCCUAGCGCUAGCUCAAGCAAACGGCUUAGGAGGUUCUCCAGGUCACAUUCUACGGGACAUUUCAUGGUUAAGAUGACGGAUGUUAAUGUGAAGAUCAAAAGAAGACAUUACCAAACAAGAAACAGUGUUAUGUUCAAGGAAAACGCUCAUACCACUAGUUUAAGCAAAAGGGAAGCAUCGGCUUGGAGAUUCUCGAGGUCACAUUCUACAGGGCAUUUUAUGGGUAAGACUACGUAUAAUGAAGCUGCAGAAUACGGGAUGGCUUGGUGA